AUGAGCACUACGACGGAGUCGCACGCCGAAUCAUACCCGGCCAACCACGGCAGCCCUGCUCCCAGCGCCGCGGGCUCGACAGGAACAUCCGGGAUCACCGUUCGUUGUGACGCCGCCAGCCUGGGCGUCCCCUGCACCAACUGUGUCGCCUUCUCCAUCGAGUGCAAGAUCCCUACCCCGAAACGCAAGAAGAACACAGGCCAAUCUAAGGGCAAGGAGGGCGGUGAGUACGGUGACAGUCCGCCUCCAAGUGCAUCGUCCGUGGUCGACGCGGCGGUUGCUCACUUCCGACCCUCGGCCGGCUCCGACUUGCCUGCCGUAUUCAACGACCAACAGGGGCAUUCGACCGACUCAGACGAGAAGGAUGAGGUGCUUGGAUACCGAAGCAACCGGAUGGCCGUCGACGGCAUGCCGGUCACCUCUCUCACCGAGUCGGAGGCCGCCAUGCAGGCCUCGGCGGACAAUGCCUAUGCGCAGUUCAUGAAGCCCAAGUUUGCGCGCGCCCCGAUUAAAGAGGCAGGCCGUGUGGCAUAUCUGGGCGAAUCGUCGAAUUUGUCGCUGUUGGUUCAGGAUCGUCACGGCACGACAGAUGUGGUCCACUACCCACUGCCGCCGAAUAUCAGAGGGUCUCGUGCGCGUCUGACAGACUUGGAUAAUCUGGAGAUUGACAUUCUCCACCAGCGUGGUGCGUUUCUUCUUCCACCGAAGCCGCUGUGUGACGAGCUGGUCGAUGCCUAUUUCAAAUGGGUCGCGCCCGUCGUGCCCAUCAUCAACCGCAGUCGGUUCAUGCGCCAGUACCGGGACCCCAAAAACCCACCGUCGCUGCUCUUGCUGCAGGCGAUUCUGCUGGCCGGAUCGCGAGUGUGCACCAACCCGCAGCUCAUGGAUGCCAAUGGAUCGACAACGCCGGCUGCGAUGACCUUCUACAAGCGGGCCAAGGCCCUGUAUGAUGCCAACUAUGAGGAUGAUCGGGUCACCAUUGUGCAAGCGUUGGUGCUCCUGGGCUGGUACUGGGAAGGACCUGAGGAUGUUACGAAGAACGUGUUCUACUGGACCCGAGUCGCAAUAGUUGUGGCUCAGGGCUCUGGCAUGCACCGCAGCGUGGAGACCUCCCAGCUGAGCAAGCCCGACAAGAGACUCUGGAAGAGAAUCUGGUGGGCGCUCUUCACUCGCGACAGAUCCGUGGCAGUGGCGCUGGGUCGGCCGAUUGGAAUCAACACCGACGACUCGGACGUCGAGAUGGUGACGGAGGAUGAUUUUAUCGAAGACGAGCUCGACAUCAAGGCUGAAUAUCCCCCGGAUCCGGUCCACGUGCAAUUCUUCUUGCAGUAUGUCAAGCUGUGCGAAAUCAUGGGUCUGGUGCUCUCGCAACAGUACUCGGUGGCAUCCAAGUCACGCCGUAUGAACGCUAUGGACCUUACCCACUCCGACAUGGCGUUAGCCGACUGGCUUCAGAACUGUCCCAAGGAAGUGUGCUGGCAACGAUCCCAACACCAUUUCUGGGCUGCUCUUCUCCACUCCAACUACUACACCACGCUCUGUCUUCUGCACCGGGCGCACAUGCCACCAGCCUCGUCGGCGCCGGGUAGCUACCGAACGGAGGAAAUGGCGUAUCCAUCGCGCACGAUUGCUUUCCAGGCCGCGGGCAUGAUCACAUCCAUUGUCGAGAACUUGCAGGCGCACCAGGAAAUCCGAUAUGCCCCCGCGUUCAUUGUCUACAGCUUGUUUUCGGCUCUGAUCAUGCACGUGUAUCAAAUGCGUUCGUCGGUCCCCUCUAUUGUGGCAACCUGCCAGGAAAGGAUCCACGUCUGCAUGCAUGCCCUCAAGGAUGUAUCCAAGGUGUGGCUGGUUGCGAAGAUGGUGAAUACAUUGUUCGAGUCUAUCCUUGGCAACAAGAUCCUGGAAGAGCGCCUGCAGAAGGCUGCCGGUAGGAGGCACCAGCGAACCCGGCAUGAUCACGCCGCUGCCUCAAAGAAGCAGCCAGAGCCGCCGAAGCGCAAGUUCGACGAUAUGGAUCUUGGACUGCCCAACGGCGGUCCAACGCCUCCUGUCUCGUACGAGCGUUCUCGGCCUCAGACACCGGCCGUCACCCCCUCCCGAGAACUCAAUCAACCUCCCCUGGGCCAGACGUCUCCCAACGCAAACGCACACCGCGGUGCCCAGGACCCUGUGGGAGGUGGGCCAGCCAACUCGCGCGGCAAUACUCGUCCGACCACCCCUUUCAACGCCCAGUUCUCUCUCCCCGCCACUCCUCCUGAUUUCUUCCUGGUAACGCGCACAUCCCCCAACCUCUCCCCCUCGCUUUGGGAGAAUUUCCAGCCCGACCAGCUCUUCCCCGACGGCACGGCCAUCUUCCCAGAACUUACAUCCCCUCCUCCCCCAACGACCAUGGACCCGCAGCUCCAAAUGCCGACGAACAUGCAAGCUCCGAACAUCGGCCAGCGGCCAAUGAUGGGCGCCCAGCCUCAGCAGGUCCCUACCCGCAGCAUGUCUGUGUCGCAGGGUAGUCCGCAGCUGAUGUCCGGUGUUCCUGCCGGCUUGGGGAUGCCGGCCACGGCGGCGCCGCAGCAGAUGUUUGGCAUGGAGGGCCAGCAGUGGCCGAUGCAAAGCCUGGACGGGACUCUGAGCGGCGCGGCCCUGGACGCGGCCAGCCAGGACGACAAUUGGAGCAGCAGCUCACGCAGUGGGCCGACUGCGCCCACGACCCUGAACGUGGAAGAUUGGUAUGCUCCCUGUCUCGCUCCCACCGACUUGAUCCGUGCUAACCUUGCUUGCUUCAGGUUCCAAUUCUUCGGCAUCAACGGCGGCUUUGGCGAUCUGGCGGCUUGA